CCGAAUCCGAGGCUCGACGAAACGCAUCCAGCUGCUGCUCAUAUCUCACUCUUACAUAUUUUAUAAGGUUUUUACACGAAACCGAAUCGCUUGAACUGAGUGUAAGUGUUUUAUCCAUUUGAUCGCUUCAUAGUCAUUUUUGCACCAUUUUAAUGUUCCUGUCAGUGAGGCGGGCGUUCGCGAGGCACUUCUGCUUCUGUCAGCAAGCUCACCGCUUCCUGGAGCGGGCAGGACCUCAAGCAAACACGCUGGAGUAGGAGGACAAGCACGUUUCAAUAAGCUUUUGGAUUCAUUGUCGUGGAGCAGCGUUUUCUUGCGGUUGGUUUCUGAGAGGCGGUGGAGCUGUUUUUCGGACUGCGAUGCAUCGCUUAAGGACUUGUGCUGCACGGCUGCGGCCGCUCACAGCCUCUCAGAGCCCUCACAGUUUUCCACAACACAAAACAGCAGUGGCACCUGGGGCCCUAAGGACGUUUCAGCCCAUUAGGUGCUACACGGCCCCUGUCACUGCUGAGCCUUUUCUCAAUGGGACAAGCUCCAAUUAUGUGGAGGAGAUGUACUUUGCAUGGCUGGAGAACCCCAAGAGCGUGCACAAGUCGUGGGACAUCUUCUUCCGUAAUGCCAAUGCAGGUGCACCCCCAGGCACCGCCUAUCAGAGCCCCCCUCCGCUGGGCAUGAGUCUCAAAGGACUGUCUGAUUCCCAGGCUCUGGUCGGAUCCCAGCCGAAUAUUGAAAAACUGGUGGAAGACCACCUUGCUGUUCAGACCCUUAUUCGUGCUUACCAGAUUCGCGGGCACCAUGUUGCACAGCUGGACCCACUCGGAAUUAUGGAUGCCGAUCUUGAUUCGUGUGUACCUGCAGAUAUUAUCACGUCCUCCGAUAAACUUGGCUUCUAUGGUCUGGAAGAGACGGAUCUGGACAAAGUUUUCCGGCUUCCCACCACCACUUUUAUUGGGGGCAGUGAGAGUGCCCUUCCUCUCAGGGAAAUCAUCAGACGUUUGGAGAUGGCGUACUGUCAGCACAUUGGUGUGGAGUUCAUGUUUAUCAAUGACCUGGACCAGUGCCAGUGGAUCAGACAGAAGUUUGAGAAGCCAGGAGUGAUGCAGUUUACUCCGGAUGAGAAGAGAACUCUACUGGCCCGAAUGAUCCGUUCAACCAGGUUUGAGGAGUUCCUGCAGAGGAAGUGGUCAUCAGAGAAACGCUUUGGGCUGGAGGGAUCCGAGUCUCUUAUUCCUGCACUUAAAACCAUCAUUGACAGAUCCAGUGAGAACGGAGUGGAGAAUGUUAUUAUGGGCAUGCCACACAGAGGUCGUCUGAAUGUGCUUGCUAACGUGAUCCGUAAGGAGCUGGAGCAGAUCUUUUGCCAGUUUGAUUCGAAGCUGGAGGCUGCUGAUGAGGGCUCCGGAGAUGUAAAGUAUCAUCUGGGUAUGUACCACAGACGCAUAAACCGAGUCACCGAGCGCCACAUCACCUUGUCUCUGGUGGCCAACCCUUCACAUCUGGAGGCUGUGGACCCUGUAGUGCAGGGCAAGACCAAGGCAGAGCAGUUCUACUGUGGUGACACUGAUGGUAACAGGGUGAUGUCAAUCUUGUUACAUGGAGAUGCAGCUUUUGCAGGUCAGGGCAUUGUCUACGAGACCUUCCACCUUAGUGACCUCCCAUCCUACACCACUCACGGCACUGUGCAUGUGGUGGUCAACAACCAGAUUGGCUUCACCACUGACCCUCGAAUGGCUCGCUCCUCACCGUAUCCCACUGACGUCGCCAGAGUGGUCAACGCUCCCAUUUUCCACGUCAAUGCAGAUGACCCAGAAGCUGUGAUGUACGUGUGCAACGUGGCCGCAGAGUGGAGAGCCACGUUCCAUAAGGAUGUGGUCGUUGAUCUGGUGAGCUACAGACGAAACGGACACAACGAGAUGGACGAGCCAAUGUUUACUCAACCACUGAUGUACAAACAGAUAAAGAAACAGAAACCUGUUCUGCAGAAAUACGCUGACAAACUCAUAGCAGAAGGAGUUGUUACCAGACAGGAGUAUGAGGAGGAAAUCGCUAAAUAUGACAAAAUCUGUGAGGAGGCAUACAAUCGUUCUAAAGAUGAGAAGAUCCUGCACAUUAAGCACUGGCUUGACUCACCUUGGCCAGGUUUCUUCACGCUGGAUGGUCAGCCUAAGAGUAUGAGCUGUCCGUCCACAGGUCUGAAUGAGGAAGUGCUGAGUCACAUCGGUCAUGUGGCUUCAUCUGUACCGGUUGAGGACUUUACUGUCCAUGGAGGUCUCACUCGUAUUCUAAAAGGAAGGGCAGGGAUGGUUGAGAACCGAACGGUGGACUGGGCCCUUGGUGAAUACAUGGCCUUCGGCUCUCUUCUGAAAGAAGGCAUUCAUGUGCGUCUCAGUGGCCAGGACGUGGAGAGAGGAACCUUCAGUCAUCGGCAUCAUGUGCUACACGAUCAGAACGUGGACAAGAGGACCUGUAUUCCCAUGAACUACAUGGAUCCAAACCAGGCUCCUUAUACCGUGUGUAACAGCUCCCUGUCUGAAUAUGGGGUUCUAGGUUUUGAGCUUGGAUUUGCCAUGGCUAGUCCUAAUGCCCUGGUGCUCUGGGAAGCUCAGUUUGGAGACUUCCACAACACAGCCCAGUGCAUCAUCGAUCAAUUCAUAUCCCCCGGCCAGGCAAAGUGGGUCCGGCAGAACGGCAUCGUGCUGCUAUUGCCUCACGGCAUGGAGGGCAUGGGUCCAGAACACUCGUCCGCUCGUCCAGAGAGGUUUCUGCAGAUGUGCAACGAUGACCCUGAUGUGUUUCCGAAAAUCACAGAUGACUUUGCCGUUCGUCAGCUUUACGACUGUAACUGGAUUGUGGUGAACUGCUCCACUCCUGCAAACCUCUUCCAUGUUCUGAGAAGACAAAUCCUUCUGCCCUUCAGAAAACCUCUUAUUAUCUUCACACCUAAAUCGCUGCUGCGCCACCCAGAAGCCAAAUCAAGUUUUGACGACAUGUUACCAGGCACACACUUCAGACGCUUAAUACCUGAGGAGGGAAGCGCAUCCCAGAAUUCAACUGGAGUGAAGAAUCUCAUCUUCUGCACUGGGAAAGUUUACUACGACCUUACCAAAGAGCGAAAGACCAGAGGUCUGGAGGACAAAGUGGCCAUCAGCCGCAUUGAACAGCUCUCUCCAUUCCCAUUUGACCUGGUGAAAGCAGAGGCGGAGAGAUUUCCAGAGGCAAAGCUGCUGUGGUGUCAAGAGGAGCACAAGAAUCAAGGCUACUACGACUACGUCAAGCCUCGCAUCACCAGAACCUUUAACAGCACCCGUCCUGUCUGGUAUGCCGGCCGAGAACCUGCUGCUGCACCCGCCACCGGGAACAAGAAAGCUCAUCUUGUGGAGCUGCAGAGGCUUCUGGACACAGCCUUCAACCUGGAUGCAUCCCAGGGCCAGUCCUAAUCAUCCACCCGCUUUCCAUUUCUCCAUUCCUUGUUUAUCAGGAAACUCGCGCUGCUGUUAGCAUAGGAGGGCAAGUUGACAGCAAGGUAUCCUCUUUUUAAUGCCAUAGUGGAUCUGUCGCAUCUAAUUCCCAAAGUACAGUUAUUCCUUUCCCAUGCAACAUGCUGAUCUAUACAGUUUUCCUUGAAAUGGUAACAGUUUGUAUGCAUGUUCCUCUAAGCCAGUGCUUCCCAAACCUGGUCCGCAAGUACUCCCUUUCAGAAAGUUUUAACUAAACGACUGAUUCAACUCAUCAGUAUCUUUCUAGAAUGGUUAACAUGUCUCGCUAAGUUAAAUCAGGUGUGUUAAAUGAGAAGACAUCAUCUAAAACAUUCUGGGAGGGGGUACUUGAGGACCCGGAUUGGGAAACACUGCUGUAAGCCAUAUUGAUGAUGGUUUAAAUGGAGCCUUAAAAGGGAAUACAUUUAAAUAGGCAAAACUAAUGCAUGCACUGUUCAUAAAACAAUAAGACGCGUUUUAAAAAUAGCAUAAGGACGUUUAGGGGCAUGCAUGCAUUUUUAAAUUAAAGAGGAACAAGUCAGCUUGCCUGCAUUUUUAUAAAACGGUAUAUUGUUCGUGUUUUGGCAUUUGUUAUUGAAUGUAUUUGGAAAUGCCUCUUUGGUACAGGCGUCCCCUUCCUAAUCAUGAAAGCGUUAUCUUCAUUGCCCUCUAAACACUCCGUGCCAAAUUAUCAUGAACACUGGUAAGGAUUGUAAACCGACAAAGUCAUUUUAUCUUAUUGUAAUUUAAUAAACAACAAACUGAGCAAGCUGAAGGAAUCUCUCCAAGACUUAAAAUAUUUAUUUUACUAGGAUUAUGUUUAUUUCACGCUAUCAUUGUUUCAUUCAAUAAAGCAUUUAAAUUCUGAA